GCAUAUACACUGGGGCCAGCAAGGCCUUCUCUGUUGGCUAAGAGAGUGUCAGAAUCAGAACAUUUUAAUUGCUGUGUAAGCAAAUAGGGAAAGUGUUGUUUGCCAUUCUUUACCCAAUUAAAUUUCAAGUUUAGGCCUAGCCACUUAUGUUGGCCUUUUUUGGAUCAGUUAGCCAACAGAAGUAAAACUAGCAUCACAUAACUGUAGCAUUAACGUUAGUUAAAGUUCGUUUCGAAUUUUAGAUGUAAAGUUAAUGAAAGCGAGGUGGAUGUACUUUUUCAAAUGAUGAGCAGCUUUUGGAUGAACAUGCUGCAGAGGAAGCUUCAUGACAAAACCUUAGCUCUAUGGAUGCCACACCUGAAAGAGGAGAAGCUUACACAAAGCAUUUAACCCUGGGAACCUGAAAAAUAAAACGUUGCUGAUCACCACACCUGAUUUCAGCAAACUUCUGUACAGCUGCCAAAAGCUAUAUGGAUAUUGAACAAUUAUACACAGGAAAAAUAGAUGUUUGUCCUCAUCUGCAUUAUGUAACUGUAACAUUCUGGCUUUCCAAUAUCAUCAAAGACACGAGGCGCAGCCAAGUUUCAGUACAAACCGCAAUUUAGAAGGCUUCAUGUGGACUUGACAACAGAUAAGAGAGAGAUAACAAGCAAACCUUUUGUAUCUGUCAUCAUCAUAUUACAUGCAGCUCCAUGCUUAGCUUUAUUGAAAAGGAGGAGCCUAUUAAAGCAGUUAAUAGAUAGGAAGGUUUGGUCUGAAGGUGUUGGUGCCAGCUGGCUGCUGGUUGGAGAUGAGAUAAGAGUGUUGGGAAGAGGGAAAAGGAGUGCCUGUCUGACAGGAGCUGAAUACAAAUUAGGAUUCUUCUCUCCUGCAGCUACACCAGUGAGACAAAUUAAUACUGGAGAGAAGAAAUGGACAAAUUAACUGGCUUCAAUUACAGGAGCAUUAGUUGUGGAUGGAAUUAGAUGUUUGCCAACGGUUAAUAUAAAAUCACAUUGCAAUACAAGGGAUAUUGCAAUGUGAAAUGAGGAUAAAAUACUUAGCUUCUGGAUUUUCUACAGCAACAACCAACAGUGGCGUACCCUGUGUACAACCUUCUCUAGUGCCAUGCCUGAACUGAUGUGAUGAGGCUGGUUUAAACCUUGGAGACAAGGAGGUUUAAAAGUUGCAGAGGCAAGAUGGAGCUGGAUAAUAGUUCACUGGACUACUUUACCAGCAACUUCACAGAGAUUCCUGACACCACAACAACUCCACCCUGGAACAAGGCCACGCUACUCGGCUUCCAGGUCUCCCUGUCUGCACUGUUAGCUAUCGUCACUCUGGCUACGGUGCUCUCAAACGCCUUUGUCAUCGCCACCAUCUUUUUAACCAGGAAGCUCCACACACCCGCCAACUUCCUGAUCGGCUCACUCGCCGUCACAGACCUGCUGGUGUCUAUUUUAGUCAUGCCAAUCAGCAUCGUCUACACUGUCAGCAAGACCUGGUCGCUGGGACAGAUUGUCUGUGACAUCUGGCUGUCGUCUGAUAUCACCUUCUGCACGGCCUCCAUCUUGCACCUGUGUGUGAUCGCAUUGGACCGCUACUGGGCCAUCACAGACGCCCUGGAGUACUCGAAACGCCGCACCAUGCGUCGGGCAGCAAUCAUGGUUGGGGUGGUGUGGGUGAUCUCCAUAUCGAUUUCCAUGCCUCCACUUUUCUGGCGGCAAGCCAAAGCCCACGAGGAGCUGACGGAGUGCAUGGUCAAUACAGAUCAGAUCUCUUACACCCUAUACUCCACCUUCGGCGCAUUCUACGUCCCCACAGUGCUGCUCAUCAUCCUCUAUGGACGGAUCUAUGUUGCGGCCCGCUCCCGCAUCUUUAAGAUGCCAUCUUCCUCAGGGAAACGUUUCACCACAGCACAGCUCAUCCAGACCUCUGCAGGCUCCUCUCUCUGUUCUCUUAAUUCUGCCUCCUACCAGGAAGCACACCUACGCUCUGGCAAUGCGGGGGGUGGGGAAGGAGGAGGGGGAGGAUCGCCUCUAUUCAUGAAUAGCGUUAAAGUGAAGCUGGCAGACAGCGUGCUGGAGAGGAAACGGCUGUGUGCAGCUCGGGAGAGGAAAGCAACCAAGACACUGGGCAUCAUCCUGGGCGCUUUCAUUGUCUGUUGGCUCCCCUUCUUUGUGGGCACGCUCGUCAUGGCCAUAUGUAAAGAGUGCUGGUUUGAUCCAGUGCUUUUUGAUAUAUUUACCUGGCUGGGAUACCUGAACUCCCUGAUCAAUCCUGUUAUCUACACCGUAUUCAACGAUGAGUUCAAACAGGCUUUCCAAAAACUCACUAAAUUCAGACGAUGCUGCUGAAAAAAAAUGGAUUAAUUAAAAUCUCUUGGAAAACGGGGAGUGAGAAAACAAGAUAAUAAUGAUAAUGGAAGUACUGUACACUUAAAUAUUCCAUCUUGUAAACACAUGCUAAUUGUGAUAUGUUUUUGAUUUUUAUAUUCAACAGUGCCGUGCCAUGCUCUUUAGAUACCUACAGAAUUCAUAUAGACUUAUGCAUGCAUGCUAAAAAAAAAGACGAAGAAUUGUGGAACUCAUCCAUAAAAAGAUUAAGAAAGAGGAUUAUAAGUCUAUUUCAUGUCACAGGGGCACUGCUGUUAUUUAAAGGUCCCAUGACAUGCUCUUUGGAUGCUUUUAUAUAGACCUUUGUGGUACCCUAAUACUGA